GACCAUUCGUUCACAGUUUAAAUGAAAAUUUCAAUAAACUUAAAGAAUCAAAAAAAAUCACUAAUAUUCAUGAUUGUCGGAUUUUUGCUUCAAUAAUGAAUAAAGAAUUCAGAGGCAUAUUUUCUAUACGUGUGGAAUAUGAAGAUGAAGGUACACCAUUAAUUAUUGCUCAUCAUAUUACAAUGGGUUAUCCAGAAGCUUUUGAUUUCGAUAAUACUGAAAUGAUACUCAGAAGUAGGGAACAUACUGUCUCAGAAAAGGAAACCGUCUUGUGGCCGAAGAAAGCCCAG